CACAGCUGUACUAGCAGACACACUUAUAUUCUCAUAUUCAAAGUGUUUAUGCUCUAGUUUGUCUGCGCUGAAGGGUUCUCGCUAUCGCUCUUUAAUUUAUUCUCUUCAUUCAUCUUCCCCAAUCUCCAUGUUACAUCAUCUUUGAUCAUUUCCCUCAUUCCAUCCUUCUUCAUCCUUCUGUCUCUUCACACUUUCUUAUUUUCACUGCUUGUCUAUUUGUCUUCUUUAUUGGUUUUUACAAUGGAGGCUGAAGCAGUUUAUAACUACAGAGCGACAGAAUGCGAUGAGCUUAGUUUUCAGAAGGGGGACAUCCUUAAGGUGAUAAACAUGGAUGACGAUCCAAACUGGUACAUAGCUGAGGUGCAGGGCAGACGAGGAUAUGUGCCGAAGAACUAUAUCAAUGUAAGACCUCACGCGUGGUUCGUGGGAGGAAUUUCACGACUGGAUGCGGAAAACCGUCUGAGACCUCUGGAGUGUGGAGCGUUUCUUAUCAGGGAGAGCGAGAGCACACCGGGAGAAUUUUCUGUGUCUGUCAGUUAUGGGGACCACGUGCAGCACUUCAAAGUGUUGAAAGAUGGAUUGGGUCAGUACUUUAUAUGGGAUGAAGGCUUUGGCUCCCUUAACCAACUGGUGGAUUUCUACAAAAUCAACAGUAUUGCCAGGGAGAGGACUGUCUUCCUGCAAGAACCCGAAAGCGCACUGGCUAGGCCACGUCAUGCGCACGCGCUCUUCGACUUCACACCUCAUCAUGCGACUCACCUGCGGUUUCUGCGAGGUGAUGUCAUCGACCUGCUCGACUGUUCAGACGCCCAGUGCUGGAGGGGGCGGUGCCGUGGCAGAGUGGGCGUGUUCCCGCCGGAGUACGUUCAGCCGAUUUACCACUGAACUUUAGCGCGUCCCCGACCAAUGAGAGUCACUUUCGUUAAUUACUAUUAAUUAUGCAUAUUAUAUACAUUAUGCAUCAAGUUUUGACUAAACAGGUGUAUGUGGUAUGUUCCUGUAGCUCAAUUGGUACUGACCAAAUGUUUACCACUGUAAGUCGCUUUGGAUAAAAACAUCUGCCAAAUGCAUAAAUGUAAUUUUUGACUAAUUAGAACGCAACGGUAAUGUCUAAGGCCUCAAGAACCAAAACAACUGACUAGUCAAUGACCUAUUAUUUACUUACUGAUAAACCAUUACCUGGGGUUGAAGUCAAUCCUUGAAUUCAUUUUAAAUGUUGGUGUGAGAUUGAAAACAUCUCGCUUCUAAUUGUCCUCCUGUCACCCUGUGCUAGACUUAUGAUUUAACAUAAUCUCUUCAAACACUGCCGUGCAUGUCUCCUGUGCAUGACCAAGACAUCAUUAAGGUUCUGUACGGCACCCGGCCUUUAUUUACUUAUGAGAGAUGGGAAAAGUGCAAUCUACUGGAUAUCCAAACCCUUUUUCAUUUGUAUUUGUAUUUAAUGACACUAUUUAAUCACCCUCAUGUCACUCCAAACCUGUUUACCUUCUUCCUUGGAACAUGAAAGGAACAUUUCUCAAGAAUUGGGCUGGUAACUGUUUUUAAUCAUAUUAAGAAAACUGCUUUGAACUAAAACAAAGCCUAUAAAACACAAAGUAUCAUUGUUGAUAGCUCAAAUUGUUAAAUGCUUUCUUUUAUAAGUCGCUUUGGAUAAAAGCAUCUAAAUGAAUACAUGUAAAUCUAAGCACAGUCUUGAGAAUUUAUCCUUUUGUGAAAGAUAGAAACUGAGAGUCUGUAAAUUUACUGCUGUGAAUUACGAAACAAAAAAUGUUGUCAGGUUGAAGAUUAACCUGCUUUAAAGUGCAAUUUUAUAUUGCUGGUAAACAUUCAUGGCAUCUUAUCUGAUCUGGUAUUAAUUUGAAUCAUUUAUUUGUUAUGCGUACUGCUUGAUAUGUAUGAUUCAGCCACAAUAAGGAAUUUAGUGAUGCAUGUCUUUUCUGUUGUUUAUUGCGGCGUGUUAGUUAACAUAAACAUUUGUGUAUUGAACAAUACAAUUACGCAAUAAUAUAUUCCUACACUUAAACCUGCUGACUCAUGAACUCAAAAAAUGUGCUAUUGCUCUAUAAGUUAUUAAAUAAGAGACAGGUGUGAACCUGUUAUAUACACUGUAAACAUUUCUUGUUGCACUUAAAUUUUUAAUUUUAAUCAUCUUGAAAUUACAAUUAUUUGAAACUUUCAUUACUAGUAAGAAGUUUCAAUAAAUUAUAAAAAUAAAGUUGAAAUUACUUUAGCUAAUUCAACUUUUUUUGUAUCAUUUAUAGCAACUCACCAAGUUGAAAAUUUGUAAAUUCAAGUUGAUUUAAAAAGUGCAUUGUUUUUUAAGCUCCUGUUUGUACACUGUAAAAAAAUACUUUGCUGCCUUAAAUUUUUUUGUUAAAUCAACUCAGUUUUACAAAUCAUGUCAACAGAGAUGAGUUGUCACAACUUAUAACAUAGAGUUGAGAAAAGCCAACUUAAUUUUAUAAGUUAUAACAACUCACCUGUAGUUAUAACAACUCAUCUCUAGUCAAGAUAAAUAAUAGUAAGUUGAAAUGACUUUAAAAAAAAUUUAAGGCAACAAAGUAUUUUUACAGUGUAGUGAUUAUACACUGUAGCUGUGUCCCAAUUUGAAGGCUGCGACCUUUGAAGGACGAAUUUUAAGACCGAUUGCGUCACAGCAGCGUGAUUGAAGGCUAGUAAGGCCGUCCCAAUUGGAAGGCUGCUUAAAAUGAAGACUGUCCCUGAAAGCUUAGUCAGCUUGUUGCCUCGCUGCCUCAUGUGCUUAAUCAGCAGGUGACGCAAAUUAAAGAUCCUCCGAAGGCUAGACGUCUCAUUUCAGUUAUCUUAGUGGACUGGGAAUUGGGACACAGCUUGUAAAAAAUUAUGUGGUCAUGAGUCAUGACAGCAUGUGCAUGUAGACCUGAUACAGUUUGGCUAAGAGUAACCCACUUCUAGCCAAAAUAAACUUAAAUUUGGUUACAUGUUUGUGAUAGUCCAUCAUAUAAGCAGUCAAUAGUGAUUACAAGGUGUUAUUUUUGAGCCAUGGUUAAACAUGUAUUAUAUUUUCACUUGAAAGCCCAAAUUUUGCCUUGUUUUAGCCAGAGCGUCUGGGCUGUGUUUAGAGACUUUAACUCAUCAAAAUAAGUUUAGCAGUUUUAACAUUGCUUAUGUUACAGCAGCUCAUCGCAAGUCAUUAUUUAAAAUUGUAGGUUUAGAAUGACUUAAACAGCCAAUUUGAUUAUAUUUAAACAUUGUGGUCUGUAAGCAGAAAGACCACUGAAUGAUGAUCUCAUGUAAAUUUAUGUUGGACCCACCCAUGUGAAAACAUUUGUUCUCUGUAUGUUUUUUUUUUUUUUUGUUAAACGACUGUAUGAGCAA